GUCAAACGUUCUGAAUCGGGGAAACAAGUAAAUGAAACAAAAAGGCGGUGGGUGAUGAGAAAACAUCUUAUCUUAUUCAACUCUCACAAAGGGCACUGCCACUGGAGGGGUUGUAUUUGUUCCUGCCUUCAUCUUCAGGUUCUUCUUUUUUCUAAGGUUAGCCAUGAAGACUCAAGACAAGUUCAUUAGCUGAAUUUUCAUGGUUACUGACAAGUGACAACCAAACAUAAAUCAAACGGGAACAAUGCUUCUCAGACAUAUGGGAUCCUGUUUUUCAAGUCAAAACAGUUCCUCUAAAAAGCAGUACUCUCGAACAGUGAUAGAAGAGUUAUACCCUCAAUUUUCUCUGGCUGAUCUCAGAAAAGCAACCAACAACUUUGAUGAGAACCGAAUCAUAGGAAGAGGAGCCUUCGGAGACGUGUACGAAGGUUUUCUAAAACAUGAUGCUGAAACUGAUUAUACAGUUGCAUUGAAGCGCAUGUAUAGAAAAUCACGGCAAGGGAUCACUGAGUUCAAGAAUGAGGUUUUGUUGUUGUGUCAGCUUCAUCACCCUAAUUUGGUCUCUCUUAUAGGAUUCUAUGAGGACAAAAAUGAGACAAUUAUUUUGUACGAGUACAUGCCUAAUGGAUCUCUCCAUAAUCAUUUAUAUGGCAAGCAUAUGGAACCAUUGCCAUGGAAGAAAAGGCUAGAAAUAUGCAUAGGAGUAGCUCAUGGACUGCACUACCUUCACACAGGAGCUAAGCGCACCAUCUUUCACCAAAAUCUCAACCUCAGUACUAUUCUUUUGGAUAUAAAUAUGGUGCCAAAACUCACCGGAUUCGGGCUUUCUAUAUUGGGACCACGUUUAGGUACAUCUGGUUACAAUGCCAUAAACAAUGCAUUCACAGUUGAUUAUGAUGUUUAUUCCUUUGGUGUGAUUCUACUAUUAGUGGUAUGCACAAAGGACAAGAAAACAAUUUUUGACAAGUUUAACAGAUUGGAGAGCCAAGAUUCAGGGGAGAGCAAAAGAGCAGAUUCAGAGAAGUUUAUCAAUGUCACGCCAGGUACCAUGGAUAUAUAUGACUUGGUGCAUAGGUUCCCUGUUGAGGAGAUGAUUGAUCCAGUUCUCGUGGGAAAUAUUUCACAAGCGUGUUGGGAAGUAUUUAUAAACAUUGCAGAAAGAUGCUUGAAGCAGGAACCGACUGAGCGACCAACGAUGGGUGAAGUAGAGGUGGAACUUGAGCAUUCUCUAGCAAAGCAGGAGGAAGCAGAUGCCAGCAAGACUAGUGAUUAUAUCUUACAUUCCUCAACCAUUUUCAAUGAUGAGCUAGAGUAGGAGUGCCAAUUUUAGUUUAGAAUAAUAACCUCUUGCUUUGUUACAAUGGCAAUAGAUUACUAAGGAACAGAAUGGAACACCACUGGAAUAGCCUAACCCUAUACUCUCACUUGAUGGAAUGACAAUCCUUUUAUUUGUCUACAGUCUACACCAUUGUCCAUUGGAAUCUUGUUUUGUUUGUUUUUGUUGACAUAAAAUGUGAUGAUCUGUUUUAUAAA